AUGGCUAUUGCUGGCGCCCAGCGUAAACAGGUCUUAAAAGUUUUGAUUAUCUCGCUACUGUUGGACCUGAUCUCCUUCACCUUCAUCCUCCCGUUGUUCCCGUCGCUCCUCGCGUUCUACCGCGCCCAAGACCCCUCACCGGACUCCGUCCUCAACCGCGUCUUCCACUAUCUCAACGCCUACAAAAAUGCUUUCGCCCGCCCCAUCGACUCGCGCUAUGAUAUCGUUCUUCUCGGUGGAGCCCUUGGAUCUCUUUUCUCUUUCCUCCAAGCCCUCGUUGCUCCCAUAAUUGGCCACUUGUCCGAUCGCCACGGCCGUCGUCGUGCCCUGUUGACCGCGAUGGUGGGGAAUAUCUGCAGUGUUGCCCUCUGGGUUUCUGCGACCGACUUCCGUACCUUCCUGGCUAGCCGGGUUGUCGGUGGCCUAAGCGAAGCCAAUGUCCAACUGGCCAAUGCCAUUGUUGCCGACGUGACCGAUGAAUCGCACCGUAGCGCGUCGAUGGCUCUUAUCGGGGCCUGUUUCAGCAUCGCUUUCACAUGUGGUCCGAUGUUAGGCGCGGCGCUCAGCACGGUGGAGGUUGUGGCUGCCAAUCCCUUCGUAACUGCGGCGCUAGUGUCACUCGGGCUCAUAGUCCUGGAGACGGUUUAUCUUUGGGCCUGCUUGCCAGAGACCCAUCCACGGCUCACGACUCUCGAGCAUGAGGAUGAGGCCGAAGCUUCCUCCAAUGAAAAGCCCAAGCCAAAGCCGCUGGCUCCGGCUUCUUAUACCCCUCGCGCGCAUACCAACAACCCUGCUAUUCUCAAUGCCCUCCACUUCCUCUUUCUGCUGCCGUUUUCUGGUCUGGAGUUCUCUCUUCCCUUUUUAACCGCAACUCUUUACGCUGAAACUACCUCGGCUAGUCCUGCCGCUUUGAAUGGUCGUCUUCUCUCUAUGAUGGGCCUGAUUGCAUCUGUUCUACAGGGCACUGUGGUGCGUCGUCUGCCCCCGCUGGUCACCGUCCGAGCAGGUGUCAUUGCCUGCGCACUGUCAUUUUUCUGUUUCGCACAUAUAUCUUCGGUUUCGGGCCUUUAUGCUACUGGUGGCUUGCUGGCUGUGACCACUGCUACUGUUGUCACCGGCCUGAACAGUCUCGGUAGCUUUGAGGCUCAAGAUGCUGAUCGUGGCGCCGUCAUGGGCCGCCUUCGUGGCUGGGGCCAAGCUGGACGUGCGACUGGUCCGAUUCUGUUCAGUACCUUAUUCUGGUGGGCUGGUCGCGAGGCAGCUUAUACAGUCGGCGGAGUAGCGAUGUGCGUAGUCGCUGUGUGCGUCUUUGGUCUCCUAAAAUCACCGCCGGUGCGGCAUGCGAAGACAGAAUAA